AUGGAAAUGGAUGAAACCAAGAGUUCAAGAACUUUUCCAUUAUCGGUGGACUUUCGCUUCCCAUCUCAAGUAACAACUGAAUCAAUUGUUCCUUGCCAGAACGAAUUGAUUAUACCCAAACUUCUACUGGGGUAUUCUUCACUAGAAAGGGCAAGUCUGGAGUAA